AUGUCCGAACUCCAGCCGCACGCCCAUACACUGCACCGCACGAAUAUACACGCCUGUUUGAGGUCUAUAGGAAGUCAGGUCAGGUUUGAGGUCAGGUUUGACGUCAGGUUUAACUUCAGGUUUGAGGUCAGGUUUGACGUCAGGUUCAAGGUCAGGUUUGAGGUCAGGUUUGACGUCAGGUUUGACAUCAGGUUUGAGGUCAGGUUUGAGGUCAGGUUUGAGGUCAGGUUUGACGUCAGGUUUGACGUCAGGUUUGACGUCAGGUUUGACGUCAGGUUUGAGGUCAGGUUUGAGGUCAGGUUUGAGGUCAGGUUUGAGGUCAGGUUUGACGUCAGGUUUGACGUCAGGUUUGACGUCAGGUUUGAGGUCAGGUUUGACGUCAGGUUUGAGGUCAGGUUUGAGGUCAGGUUUGAGGUCAGGUUUGACGUCAGGUUUGAGGUCAGGUUUGAGGUCAGGUUUGAGGUCAGGUUUGAGGUCAGGUUUGAGGUCAGGUUUGAGGUCAGGUUUGAGGUCAGGUUUGAGGUCAGGUUUGAGGUCAGGUUUGAGGUCAGGUUUGAGGUCAGGUUUGAGGUCAGGUUUGAGGUCAGGUUUGAGGUCAGGUUUGAUAUCAGGUUUGAGGUCAGGUUUGAGGUCAGGUUUGAGGUCAGGUUUGAGGUCAGGUUUGAGGUCAGGUUUGAUAUCAGGUUUGAGGUCAGGUUUGAGGUCAGGUUUGAGGUCAGGUUUGACGUCAGGUUUGACGUCAGGUUUGACGUCAGGUUUGAGGUCAGGUUUGAGGUCAGGUUUGAGGUCAGGUUUGACGUCAGGUUUGAGGUCAGGUUUGAGGUCAGGUUUGAGGUCAGGUUUGACGUCAGGUUUGAGGUCAGGUUUGAGGUCAGGUUUGAUAUCAGGUUUGAGGUCAGGUUUGAGGUCAGGUUUGAGGUCAGGUUUGAGGUCAGGUUUGACGUCAGGUUUGAGGUCAGGUUUGAGGUCAGGUUUGAGGUCAGGUUUGACGUCAGGUUUGAGGUCAGGUUUGAGGUCAAGUUUGAGGUCAGGUUUGACGUCAGGUUUGAGGUCAGGUUUUUGGUCAGGUUUGAGGUCAGGUUUGAGGUCAGGUUUGACGUCAGGUUUGGAGUCAGGUUUGAUGUCAGGUUUGAGGUCAGGUUUGAGGUCAGGUUUGAGGUCAGGUUUGAGGUCAGGUUUGAGGUCAGGUUUGACGUCAGGUUUGAGGUCAGGUUUGAGGUCAGGUUUGAGGUCAGGUUUGACGUCAGGUUUGAGGUCAGGUUUGAGGUCAGGUUUGAGGUCAGGUUUGAGGUCAGGUUUGAGGUCAGGUUUGAGGUCAGGUUUGACGUCAGGUUUGACGUCAGGUUUGAGGUCAGGUUUGAGGUCAGGUUUGAGGUCAGGUUUGAGGUCAGGUUUGAGGUCAGGUUUGAGGUCAGGUUUGAGGUCAGGUUUGAGGUCAGGUUUGAGGUCAGGUUUGAGGUCAGGUUUGAGGUCAGGUUUGAGGUCAGGUUUGAGGUCAGGUUUGACGUCAGGUUUGACGUCAGGUUUGAGGUCAGGUUUGAGGUCAAGUUUGAGGUCAGGUUUGACGUCAGGUUUGAGGUCAGGUUUGACGUCAGGUUUGACGUCAGGUUUGACGUCAGGUUUGAGGUCAGGUUUGAGGUCAGGUUUGAGGUUUGA